GAUGCCACGCGUCGCUUACGAAGACCCUCCAACGAUAUCUCUUUGGCAUCUUUCUGUUUCUCUCUCUGCUACUGCUUUUUGUCUUGGUUGGCCUGGUUUGUUCUGUUUUUUCUCUGCUUUUGUUCUGUUUGCGUUCCCUUCUCCUCCAUACAAGAGAGUGGAAAUUUGUGAAUUUAGGGAUGAAGGCUACUAAGGGCAAAGUGGAUACAAGGAAGGGAAAGAAGGAAGAAUUAAAGCCUGUUGUUGAGGAUAGAACUCUCGGAAAGCGUAAGGCUGCAAUUAAGGCCGAUAACAGUCGCAAGAAGCUGACUAAGAAAGUGAAAUUGGGCAAGAAAGAUGCCAACAAACCAAAGAGGCCUCCUAGUGCUUUCUUUGUUUUCCUAGAAGAGUUCCGAACGAUAUAUAAACAAGAGCAUCCCAAUGUGAAAGCUGUCUCAGCUGUGGGGAAAGCUGGGGGUGAGAAAUGGAAAUCCUUGUCUAGCGCGGAGAAAGCUCCAUAUGAAGCGAAAGCUGCCAAAAGGAAAUCAGAAUAUGAAAAGCUUAUAGCAGCUUACAACAAGAAACAGGAUAACACUGAUGAAGAAGAAGAAGAAUCUGAAAAGUCAAAAUCCAAUGUGAAUGAAGAUGAUGAAGAGGAAACCGGGGAGAAUUUUCAUCUGUAGGAUGAUGAUGGGGGAGAUGACGAAGAAGAAGACUGAAACCUGAAUGCUUUCGCGGAUUUAGUGUGGUAUAUGUUAUACACAUUUAGGCCACACAUGAUACAAAUAUAUAUAUGUUAUAUAUAAUAGUGUUGAUUUCUAAGCAAAAAUACACAUGCAGCAAAGCAGAUUCUAAGUAGGGUUGUAUUAUUACUGAUUUACAUAUGAGCUUUCUAUGCGAUUUCUAAUCCUUGUCAGUUGUAUAUAA